GGCCUGCACGGCUUCAUCUUCUACUUCCUGGCGUCCGUCCUCCUCUCCGUGCUCUUGGUGUUAAAAGCCGGACGGCGAUGGAAUAAGUACUUUAAGUCCCGAAGGCCGCUUUUCACGGGGGGGCUUAUAGGAGGGCUCUUCACAUAUGUCCUGUUCUGGACUUUCCUGUACGGCAUGGUUCAUGUCUACUAAAGCAACUGGGAGCCGCGUUAGCUGCAGUGAUUUUCAAUGAAGCAGGAGGACUGUUGCCAAAAGUCAUCUACACAACUAAGCCAGCUUACCUUUGAAACUUGUUCAUCGCUUGUAUUGUUAAUACUGUCAGUAAAUUAUGUCCAAGUACAAAUGAAUCGGUAGCACUGUUCUAAUUAAACUGAAUGUGAAACACC